AGCCUGAUAAUCAGCUGUUUUUUUGUAAUUUGUUUAACAUAAAAAUAUUAAAUGCGCUGCGCUGUGAAAAAUUGCGGUAAUAAUAAUCGCAUUUCCAAUAGAACGAAAUGGCGAUACUUUCACUUCCCCAAAGAAAAGCCAAACCUCCAAAGGUGGAUAGAUUUUUGUCAGCGAGAUAAUAUAAACCCCAACACAGCCUGCAUUUGCAAUGAACACUUUGCACCCGAUGACUUUGAGCGAAAUAUGCAGUACGAACUGGGCUUUAGCCGCAAAAAUCCAACAAAACUAAAGCCCGGCUCAUUUCCGAGUGUGAAUGGACCCCAAAAGUUGGCGAAGGAACUGCGAGGAAGUAUCAAAAGGGGCUCCAAAAAUGUUUCCUUAGCUGGGUCUACGAAAGGGUCCAAUAUAGGCUUUGAGGCUUUACUCCAGGAAGGAACGCAAUCCUCGGAAGGCCACGAAACCAUAGAAAUCCAACUCUGUGAUUUUAAUACAGAUUUUGGGGGCUUCGAAAAAACCGAAGAUGACGACAGUCUUUCAAGUCCCAGGCUCGUGGAAGUAGAAAUAUUGGAUCCUCUUAAUCCGCAGUCAAAUGCCAAGGAUCAUGUAGAGAUAAUCGAUUCGGAAGGGGACAAUUAUGUAAAGCACUUGGAGCUCGAAAUAUGCUCCUUGAAACGUGAGGUAAUUUUCCUCAAAGACGAAUACCAGAAGAUAAAGGCUGAAAUGCGUAAUCUCAAGGACACAAUUAAAAGAUCAGAGGAACAACUCGCAGAAAAACAACUCCAAGGUGUUUUUAAAAGUAGAAAGAGGAAACCCCAGAUUUGAAAAAGACCAGAUAUCAACGAAAACAUAAACGACUGACCAGUUAUUAAAAGCUAAUAUGAAGCGUAAUUAGAUAUACAUAAAUGUAGAGCACAAUAUUAAUAUAUUAUGGUAUGCUUUAUCGAAUCUGUAUUUGAAACGAACAGAAUUAAAAAUUGUGAAAACAACAGAAAAAUGUGUAAGUUUUCAUAUUCGCUAAAAAUUAUUUAUUUAAUCUGGUGGAUUAGGAAAGCCUUUUACUUAACAUAUGGAAUGCAGACGUCGCGUCUUGGGCGAAAUCCUUAAAACGUUUUUGUCUACCUACUUACCCACACCUUUUUCCUUUCUUUCUAUAGACUUUGAGCACUUUCCACAAAAUCAGCGGGUAUUCAAAAAUGUUUUGAAGGUGUUCGCGCUUAUCUUUCCUGGAAAAUUUUUGGUAAUCGCGGUGUGGUAAUUUUUUGCCAAGGUCGAAGUCAUUACAGCAGGCAAAGGACUCUUAUCCAGCUGAGUUCCUCAUUUGUCUACCUGUAGGAGUAUAUAAAGCAGUGGUCGAUGUGGAAUCGACCUGCACUGCAAGCGAUGUUCUCCGACCGACAACAUCCAUCGCGGACCGACGUCAGCUCCU